AUGGGUGAUUAUUCUGUAAAGAAAAUUGUGCAGUUGUAUACAAGGGAUUUGGAGCGUGUCAACUGGGAUAAGUAUGUUUGGAAUAGACUCACCAUUCCCAAACAUAGGAUUUUUGUGUGGCUUACAAUGCACAAUAGAUUACAGACUACUAGUAGAUUACAUAAAAUGGCGAUAGCUACCAAUGCCAAUUGCCUGAUUUGUGAUGAUGCUGUGGAAACUCAAGAACACCUGAUGUUUGAGUGCAAAUUCAGUUUUGUUGUGUUUAGCUCUAUAAGAAAAUGGUGUGGGCUCCCUAAUAACCACACUACAGUUAAUGCUAUAUUGCGUUGGAUAGCUAGAAGCAAGAAGAACAAAUUCCAGAAGCAUAUGUUAUUUGCCAUUGUUGGUGCAAUGAUUUAUCACAUCUGGUGCACUAGAAAUGAUGUGUUUUGGAAUCAUAGAGUGGUUGCUAUUCAUAACAUUAUAAAUCAUAUUCAGAAGGAUGUUAUAGGAAGAAUGUAUAGGGUGAUGCCUAAGAAAACUGAUAUAGGUGGUAAAGAGUGGCUAAGGAAUUUAGCAAACCAAGUUUGUAUCUAG